CCAUUUCCAUGCAAAAGAAAAAAGAAAAAUGAAAACUAUGAAUAGUCAGCCAUCCACUCAGUCAUCAAAAAUCUCGAUCAGAGUUAAUUAUGCAGUGCGUUACAACUCACCGUUAUAACAUGCUCUCCAAACACAUAUAGAAAAAGAAAAAUAAAAAAAGAAAAAAAGAAAAAGAAAACCAUUAACCCACCACCAGUUUCGCCCACGAUCCAGCCUUCGUUUCAGUUUCUCUUUACCCACAUCUUUUUCUUUUCUUCUUACCUUGUAUUUCUCUGCAGCCUUGUGGUUUUUUUUAUCACGCAAACAUACUUAUAUAUUCAGUUGUUGGAGUUUUGAGUUAUGGAGUGCAUUGAGGCAAGAGCGCUGAAAUCAAGUUUCCUCUCGCAAAUGGCUAUGAAAACGACUUCUCAGGUGUUCUACAACGACGACGUCUGGUGUUUGACUGGAAUUAACAACGUUGCCUCCGAUGAUUUCCCCGUUGAAGACCUCCUCAACCUCGAUUUCUCUGAUAAAGAGUUUCAGGAUGGGUUCUUUUCUCAGGAAGAUGACGUCUCACAGAAGGCUAGUUCCUAUAAUUCUUCUUCCAUUUUCUCCGGUACCGACGAUUUUGACAGCCUCUCCGCCGGAGAACUCGCCGUUCCGGUUGAUGAUUUGGAGAAUUUAGAGUGGUUGUCUCAAUUUGUGGACGACUCUACGUCGGGCCUCUCUUUAUUGUGCCCCGCCGGAAGCUUCACGUCGAAUAUUGGAACAAAUUCGGGGAAACGGGUCGACCCCGUUAACAGGCCGCCACAGAACAUUCGGGCCCCGUGCUUCCCUAUGCGGGUCCCGAGUAAAGCUAGGAGCAAACGGUCGAGGCCAAACGGACGGCCAUGGACUCUUGCCUCUCCGCCGUUGAGCUCUGCUGAUUCAUCCUCAACGUCGUCAUCAUCCUUAGGUUCUUCCAGUGUAUCUCCUUUCAUUUUCACGAACCCGGUUCUUGACACAGAGUGGUUUUCCAGCGUCGAAAAACCGCCGGCCAAGAAACAGAAGAGAAAACCAG